AUGGCUUCCACCAAAUCAUCGUCUUCUAGUAUGGUAGACGAAGCAGCAGCAGCAUACCCAUAUCCCCACACCGUCAAUGUCAGCAUUUUUAUCUCCGUUAAGCUUUCCGGCCACGACAACUACCCUAUAUGGAAAACACAGAUGCUUUGUCUCCUAGAAGGUCAUGACAUGCUCGGUUUUAUCGACGGUACACUCGAACCACCACCGGAGACUAAGCCGGACAACGCUCAGUGGUGGCGGAGGUCCGACGCGCUUCUCCGAGGAUGGAUUUUAGGUUCCUUAAGUGAAGCUGUACUCGCCAACACGAUUGGCCACAAAACUGCCAAAGAUGUUUGGGUACAUCUAGAAGCUUCUUAUGGUUCGUUAAACCCCCAAUUUGGAACAUCACUAGUUACAAAAGAAGAAAUUAGUGGAGGAGAAUGGAAACUCGACGGUGCUUUGAUGAGAUCUACUCCGCAUUCGAGGUCUCUGCCGGCUCCACUUCGUGGUGUAUCGCAACAAAUCGAUCUGAAAGGGGAUUCGGCGAUUCCGGCCGCCGAUAGCCAAUUUAACUCUCGGUUUAGGAAAUCACGGGGGUUAGAUAGCUUGGUGUUCCCGGAGGAAAGCUGGAACGGCGAUUCGCCAAAACUUCGUUCCAUGGAUUUAGCUGAGAUGGCUGAUUUCUUACAAGAAACAACUACGAAGAUAAAUGCAUACCUGCCGCUGUAUAAAGCCGCUCUUAGAGGUGACUGGGAAGAUGCACAAGAUUUUAUCGAUCAAGAUGAAGAAGCAGUCACAGCCAAUAUCAAUAAAUAUGGAUUCACAGCUCUUCACAUUGCAGUCGGGACAGGGAAGCAAGGCAUUACCUUUGUCGAGAAAUUGGUGGAGAAGAUAUCACCUAAAGCACUCGUAAAAAUGCUAACUUCUUCGGAAAAAUACACACCUCUUCACAUUGCAGCUGUUGUUGGCAACACCACGGCUGUGAAGAUCUUGGUGAAUAAAAACCAUAAGUUGUUGUAUGCCGAGGAUGUAGAUGGCUUACUGCCCAUUCAUCGUGCUCUUAUCAAUUCUCAUAAAGAUACAUUCUUGUAUUUAUUGGGUGUCACGAAAGCCAACCAAUAUCCUAAUACAUUCAUCGGCAACAUGGGCGUUACACUUUUGUCUAAUGUUAUUUUUGCAGGAUAUUUUGAUAUUGCACUCGAUUUAGUCACUCGCUAUCCUGAUUUAGCUACAACAAUACCAUCUGAUAAUGUCGAUGCUCCAUUGAUGGCUAUAGCAAGAAAAGCAGAUGCCUUUGAGAGCGGAUGCCGCCUGAGUUUCUUCGAUAGCUUAAUCUAUAAACAUGUUCCUCUGAAGUUGGAGAACUUAAACUCAAACAAGCACCAGGGGGAGAUGAACUUCUUGAAUUCAGUUCUUCAAGAGAUCAGUUUUGUUAUCUGGAAAGUUGUGGGUAGGAUGGUGCCACGUAUUACAUACAUUCAGAAGAUAAAACUGGACCAUCAUCAAGCUCUUGAACUUGUGAAAUGUUUGUGUCAAGAAAUCAGCGCGUUAAAUCUCCAUUCAAAUAGCAUCCAUUAUUCUAAUCCCAUCGUUGAGGCUGCAAGCAACGGUGCUUAUGAGGUUGUUCAGGAGAUUGCUGAUACAUUUCCGCAAGCAAUUUGGUACAGCGAUAAAAGCGGACAUUUCAUGAUCCAAUUGGCUAUACUGCAUCGGUGUGAAAAGGUCUACAAUCUAACGUAUCAAAUGAGUGACCAUAAGCAUUUUCACAAGACCCUUAAGGACUCCUACAACAAUAACCUCUUGCAUCUGGCCGGAAAAUUGGCACCUCCACAGAAACUCAAUCUUGUUUCUGGCGCAGCUUUGCAAAUGCAGCGGGAAUUGCAAUGGUUUAAGGAAGUAGAGGCAUUUGUUCAUCCGAAGUACAAAACCGAAAAGAACUCCUUCGAGCAGACACCCGAGAUGCUUUUCUCGAAAGAACACAAGAAACUAGUGAGAGAUGGUGAAGAAUGGAUGAAAAAGACCGCCGAUUCAUAUACGGUAACCGCCGGACUCAUUACAACAAUAGUUUUCGCGGCAGCCAUUACAGUACCAGGUGGUAACAACGGCGAAACAGGCCAUCCAAUUUACGCAAAAGAACUAUCUUUCCUAAUAUUUGCUGUAGCAGACGCAAUCUCGCUCUUCACAUCUACCACAUCGUUGCUACUAUUCUUAUCCAUCCUUACUGCUCGUUAUGCGGAACAAGAUUUUCUCUUCACGUUACCCUCGAGGCUAAUAAUGGGUCUCGCGACAUUGUUUCUGUCCACAACCUCGAUGAUGAUAGCAUUCGGUGCAUCGUUGUAUCUUUUGUUUGGGCAGGGAAAGGAUUGGAUUCUGAUCCCAAUAGCUGCGUUGUCGUGUUUACCGGUUACUUGUUUUGUUACGUUACAAUUUCCUCUUCUUGUGGAACUAAUCUCGUGUACGUAUGGUCGAGGACUUUUUGGUAGGCAAAAUGAUCGUCCAUUUUAUUAAGUUUUCUUAUUGAUGAUCUCUUCUCUGAUGGUCGUGAGACUGGUACAGUGACGCAUUCAAAAUGAUGGCCUUUUUUUCU